AGCAGUUGCAGAGAGAGUACUUUCGACCGCCGCCCUCUCGCCGGCGAUUAUUUUUUUCCGAUUACAUCGUCGGAAAUUACAGGUUAAAUUUGUCGAAAUCACAAAGUCUACGUUCAGCAAAGAGUUGUUAUUUGUGAAUAAGCCAUAUUGGGAAACAACAAGAUUUCCUUGGGAAGAUGUCUUUAAGUACCAUUUAACUGAGAUGAAGAACAAUCAGGAGUCUUUGGAUACACCAGAAACACAACCUUUAGCCCAAGCUUCACACGAGUCUCAAAGUGAUCAACAUAAUAAUGCAGCAGAGGUGCCCGUUCCUGACUCUGGUUCUGUCUCCAUUUCGAGCAAUGACAACAGAAAAGUUUCCCGGGAGGAUAUUGAACUUGUCCAAAACUUGAUAGAACGCUGUUUGCAGUUGUAUAUGAAUAGGGAUGAAGUGGUGAAAACUUUAUUAAAUCGUGCAAGGAUAGAUCCUGGUUUUACAACCCUAGUUUGGCAGAAAUUGGAAGAAGAGAAUGCGGACUUUUUCAGAGCCUACUACAUUAGGUUAAAACUGAAGAAGCAAAUCAUCCUUUUCAAUCAUUUACUUGAGCAUCAAUAUCACCUUAUGAAGUAUCCCGUGCCUCCAAAGCUACCUGUGGCUUCCAUACACAAUGGGAUCCAUCCCAUGCCAGUUAACAAUUUACCAAUGGGAUACCCCGUUCUACAACCACCUCCAAUGCCUACUACAGGUCAGCCUCAUAUGGAUUCCAUGGGUAUGUCGAGCUGCCAUGUGGUCAAUGGAGUGCCUGCUCAUAGUAACUUCCAUCCGAUGCGGAUGAACUCUGGAAAUGAAAGUAUGGUAAUGGACAACAGUGCAGCUGGUGUAACUCCUAUUCCAACCAAUGGGGCCAUUUCACCGAUGUCAGAUAUGCCUAUGAGUCCUACAUCAGUAGCAUCUAGUGGUCAUUUCCCCUUUACUGCAUCUGAACUAUCAGGAAUGGGAGUAGACACAUCAGCACUUGACACAGCAUUUACAUCUGAUGUGGCAAGUUCAGUAGGAUUGCAUCUACCACCCGAUAAUGGAAAUUCUAGAUCUUUUGGUCAAAUCCCUUGGAAUUUCAGCCUUUCAGAUCUAACAGCAGACUUGUCGAACCUGGGAGAUCUAGGAGCUCUUGGAAACUAUCCCGGUUCACCUUUUCUGCCUUCUGAUUCAGAUAUAUUACUUGAUUCUCCUGAGCAAGAAGAUAUUGUGGACGAGUUCUUUGUUGAUUCUGUUCCUGGACCACCGUGCUCUCAAUCGGACGAAGAUAAGUCCUAGUUUAACGUUGAAAUGUUUCUACUAUUUAGGAGAAAGGGUAACAUAAGUAUCGGGUUAUUAUUUAAUUUAGAUCGUUGGGUGUGCAAAAUAUUAUGUCGGGUUUCAUUUAUUGUAACGUUAACAUAUACCACGGAUUCUGAACCUUGGUAAUUUGUGAAUCUCGAUAACAUCAUGGUCAAAUCUCGGUUUUAAUUUGACAUGUGUCGUUCAUUUGUUCUGUUUUCCUAA